CAAUUAUCAAAAUCAAAUCUCCUGACAAAAUGGCACUUGUCUAUCUAUCUUCUCCUCCUCCCACUCUCCAUCACCAUCCUCGUCGUUGAGACCGUUUCCGGACUUCUCUCCACUUCUGCAGCUUCCAAACACCGGCAACCGCCGCUGCGCCCAGGCCCGAAGCCCUGCCGAUCAUCGGAAACAUUCCACACAUGACAAGAAAGGUUCACAUCACCAUGUCUGAAUUCGCCAAAACCCACGGUCCAUUGAUUUCAGUGAAGCUCGGCACUCAACUAAUCAUCGUCGCCUCUUCCCCGGCUGCCGCUGCAGAAAUCCUCAAACCCCACGACCGUGUCUUCUCGGCAAGAUACGUAACCAAAUCAAGUCCGUUCAAAAUCAGCGAUAUUGAUAGAAUGACAAUCGUGUGGGCUUCCAACUGUAACGACAGCUGGAAGUCCCUACGCGGGCUCUGCAGGACGGAGCUUUUCUCUGGCAGAGCAAUCGAGUCGCAGGCCGCCGUCAGGGAGAGGAAAGUUAGCGAAAUGGUCGAAUUCCUUGCCGCGAGAGAAGAGGAAAUGGUUGAUAUUGGGGAAAUCGUGUUAACGACCAUUUUCAACUCGCUGUGCAACCUUUUUUUCUCUGAAGACUUGUUGGGGUUGGAAGAUAGUAAGGGGAAGGCUAGUGGGUUAAAGAGUCAUAUUUGGAAAUUGAUGGAGCUAGCAUCUGCUACCAAUAUUGCUGCUUUUUACCCUUUUCUGGAACCCCUAGACCCUCAGGGCUUGAAGAAGAGGACAGUAAAGGUUGUCACCCAGAUAUUUUCCGUUUGGGAGAGUUACAUCAGGGAAAGAAGGGAAAUUAAUGAAUCAAAAUUGCAUGGCCACGCUCCGAAAAGGGAUUUCCUGGACGUUUUCCUUUCAAAUGGUUUCGACGAUCAGAAAAUCAAUUGGUUGUUCUUGGAACUGCUGACGGUGGGAACAUAGACCACCACUACAACAGAGGAAUGGGCAAUGGCCGAGCUUCUAAAGAACAGAGAAGUAAUGAGGAAAGUUCGCGAAGAGUUGAAUAGAGAGAUUGGGGAGAACCCCAUCACAGAAGCGAAUGCUUCCCAGCUGACAUUUCUCAACGCCUCCAUAAAAGAGACAUUCAGGU